AUGUUAGUCCGAUCCCUUCGAUCAUCCCUUCUCCGACCCCGUCUCCCACCCUCCCAAGCUCUUCGGGCUAUAUCCACCUCCCCCAUCCGUCGAAAAGUCCAGGAGAUCACUAGACCAGCUAUAGACACGCCACUCUCAUUAUGGAGCUUCACAGAGGAAGAGAACAUGUUACGAGAGACCGUAAGACGAUUCGCCGAAGACGUCAUCGGACCAAAGGUAUCGAAGAUGGAUGAAGAGGAGAAGAUGGAUCCUGAAGUGAUCCAAGGAUUAUUCGAUAACGGUUUGAUGGGUAUCGAGACGAGUGCGGAUAUGGGUGGAUCGGAAUGUAGUUUCACAAGUGCUAUCAUUGCUGUCGAAGAACUGGCCAGGGUCGACCCAUCGGUAGCUGUGCUCUGCGAUGUGCAUAAUACCCUCGUUAACACGGUCUUGCGAUUGUACGGAUCGAAGGAGAUCCAAGAGAAGUGGUUGCCCGAUCUUGCAACUAAGAAAGUUGGAUCGUUCUGUCUUUCGGAACCAGCUUCAGGAUCAGACGCCUUCGCUCUUCAGACCACUGCUAAGCUCGAUAGCAGUGGUGAUUUCUAUACCCUUAACGGAAGCAAGAUGUGGAUCUCCAACUCUGCUGAAGCCGAUACUUUCCUUGUGUUUGCGAACGUCGAUCCUUCGAAAGGAUACAAAGGCAUCACCUGUUUCGUGAUGAGCAAAGAUAUGGGAGUUGAGAUUGCCAAAAAGGAGAAGAAACUUGGUAUCAGAGCAUCUUCGACCUGCUUGCUGAACUUUGACGAUGUCAAGAUCCCCAAGGAGAACGUCGUGGGUGAAGUGGGUAAAGGAUACAAGAUCGCAAUUGAAAUCCUCAACGAAGGACGAAUUGGUAUUGCCGCCCAGAUGGUCGGAUUAGCCCAAGGAGCUUUCGACAAAUCUCUGACCUAUGCUUAUCAACGAAAACAAUUCGGCAAACCCGUUGGUGAAUUCCAAGGAAUGGGAUUCCAAUUUGCAGAUGUCGCCACUGAAAUCGAAGCUGCAAGGUUGCUAACUUACAACGCUGCGAGGCUAAAGGAGGAAGGUCGACCUUUCACCAAAGAAGCUGCCAUGGCCAAGUACUUCGCUUCAGUGAUUGCUCAAAAAGCAGCUGGUAAUGCCAUCGAAUGGGCAGGUGGUCAAGGUUUUGUAAGAGAAGUCGGCCUAGAGAAGUACUGGCGGGACUCCAAGAUCGGAGCAAUCUACGAAGGUACAAGUAACAUUCAGCUCGAAACCAUCGCCAAGUUCUUGCGUAAGUGUUGA